AAACAAAUCUCGUCCACAACGAGAUCAAAAUAAACUCGGUGUAAAAAUUCGGAAAUCGGAUAAAACGAAUCAGGAUUGUCCCCCUUUACGGAACUCUCCACAGAUGCCAACAUGGCUAAACAAGAGCGAGGGGUUGUUUCUGCAAAAUCUUUGCCAGUUCAUGAAAUGGAUACCAACAUAUUGUUUGAGAAAUUCACAGUGGAGGAAAUUAGAGAAAUUGAAAAGAAAACAAGAGCUGAUAUAGAGCGAAAGAAAGAGGAUUUGCGAAUAAUGGUUGGUGAGAGAUACAGAGAUUUGAUAGAGGCCGCUGACACAAUCACUGAAAUGAAAAACAGUGCACAAAACGUUAUGUCAUCUAUAGCCAAAAUGGAGGAAAUGUGUAAAAUGUUAAAACAGAGGCACAUGAUAAAGGGUACAUCUUUCCAGCAGAGGAAGGGUCCAGGCCAACAGGAAGGGAAAAAACAGGAAGUUCAUUUCUAUGGCAUUGCUUCUCAAAUUAAGUUACUUUUGGACAUGCCAGAGAAGAUAUGGAGUGCGUUGGAUGAGGAGGACUAUUUAACAGCAACAAGGCACUUCCUGUUGUCACGUCACAUUCACACAGGCCUACAACUGGAGUCCCAGAAGUCAGGAAAUCUACUCACCAUGUUCCCUGUACUAACUCGACAGUGGGCGGCCAUUAGCCACUUUAGGUCUACAAUUCUCCAGGGAUGUAGAAAUGUUUUGAAGCAAGCAGGUGCUACAGAUGAGCAAAUAGCCCGAGCCCUGUGUUCUAUAAUUGUACUGGAAGACAGCACACCAAGACAAGUAUUCAAUGAGUUCCUGUUAGCCAGAACUACAGCAGUACAACAGCUGUUCCACCCGAGCCAGCAGAGUGCCAGUGUGAAGGAUCAGAUUUCUCUAGUGGUUCAGCUGAUCACCACCACUGUCCACCAGAUUCAUACAGUCUUCUACAGCCCAGAAAGUCCAUCAGACAUACCCUGCAAUCUGCUUCUUAGAAUCCUGACCCAGAUUACAUCUGAAAAACAGCAGGACAGUGGAUUAUUAGAGAAUCAUGGGUCCAUGUCUGCCAAAUGCUUGCCAAGAUCUGUAUUAGAAUUUGUGCCUACCUUGCGGUCCCAUGCAGUACCAGUGUCUGUUCAGCAUCUCCAGGAUAACUGUCAGCAAUGGAUCAACACAUGCAUGAGUAAUGUGACUAGUGGUGUUGGAAAACUUCUCAGCUUUGUCAACACUGUCAAACGUUUAGCUGACAUUCGGGAUCAAGUAUGGCUAUAUUUAAAGCAAGAUAGCAGCAUGCAGGCCUGGCACUCAGUCUGUCAGAGGAUUCUGAACAAACCACUGUCCAUCUGGCAUGGAUUUCUUCAACCACUCUUCAUCAAUAGGGUCAAGGCAUUGAUUAAGUUCCAGUUGGAUACUAGUACUGAGCUAACAAAGCGACAGAUUACUAAGGUUGUCAUGGCAAUUGGCUCCACAGAAGAGGGGUGUAUUGCUGACACGGAUCUGGCAGGAUAUAUUUGGCAGGAAUCCCCUGGAGACAUUCCAGCUAAUAUGGCUUGGACUACCGCCACUUCCAGAUCCACCUCUGAUAAUCCUGGAGGACUAAUCAUGAAAGCCAAGGCAUUUACCCCCGUCAUUCAGAGUUUGUGCAAAACAUUUGAUGAGAAACUACAAGGUAUGGUGCAGGAUUCUCUGAGUUAUCUUUCCUUGUUGUGUGAGGAUGAUUCUGGGAUGACAGGGCCUGAGCCGUUCGAUCGGCUCUCAGACACAGAUGCAUUGUGUGGACACAUCCAGACAACUUGUAAAGCUUGCUUAGAAGAGUUAUUAAAGUACCUCUGUGAACAUUUAAAGCUUUGGGAGAAAUCAUUGCAAGAAAUAAAAGAUGAGAGCAUUAAUCAGCUAACACAAGACAAAGUGCUGCUGGUGGGCAGACUGUGUUCUGCACUGGGGGACAUGGUACCGGCUCUGCAGCAGUGCAUUAUGGGUAAAUCUGCAAUCCAUGGAACAGAUAGUCACAGGGGACAGAAGAAGCCAUCUUCUCAUAGUAGCAGUAAAAGUAUAGAGAAUCCUGAAUGGGUCCGGACAAAAGAGAGGCUGUGUAACUGUCAUAGAGAGGCAUUCAGAAUUUGGGUGGACCAUUUAACACAGACUGUGGUGUCCAGAUUUAGAAAUGCAGUUUGUUCCAGAGAACAUAGGAAUGCCCUCAUUUACUGUACAAGAUGGGAUGAGGUCAACAUAGAGGAAGAAACAGAAGAUGGGAAAAAGAUCAGCUCCAAAAUCAGGGUUCCAAUGCAGGCCUCCUGGUAUGUCCAAGAUCUGCUGUACAGUCUGUGUCGAGAAAUCAACCGAGUGGGAGGUCAUGCAGUGCAAAGGGGAACAUUGCAACAACUUGUCUUCAAAGUAUCAGAUGCAGUAAUAAAAUGCUUUGAAGAGGUUAUAUCUAACAGCAAGAAGAAUGACAAGGAUUAUCUUCCCCUGACUCAACAGAGGGCUCUUCAGCUCAUCUUUGAUAUGAAAUUCAUCUUGCAAAUCAUUCCCAGGAAAGAUGACACUGUGGAAAGUAAAACCUAUCAGAAGUCAGCUGCCAGAAUUAUUGAGACUCUGGAAGAAAAAGUUGACCCCUUUGACCUUGAUGUCUUCUCCCCCUAUAUGCAAUCACAUUUAAUGAAGCAGGGACAGAGAUCAGCAGUUUUAUAUGGAGCAUUGACAUCGCUGGAUCGUCUGGGACUCUUCAGCAUGGGGAGACCAGUUCAGUCUGGUCAGAGUGAACAACAUAAUGUGUUACCACUCACUUCGUGUCCUGGCCGGUUCACUCUACUCCCCAUCAGUACACAGCCAAUCAGAUCGUCUAUACCAGCCCCUGUUAUACAACAACCUCUUUAUAAAGCUAAGGCUUCAGACACAGGCUCCCACUCACUGACUGCGAAGGCAGCGGCAGUCCUACCACAGACCAGUGCCAUACAGAGAGAGAGCUCCUUCUACAAUAAACUGGGCAGUAUGUCCAGCAUGUCCGAACUGUCCAGCUGGUUCUCCAACAUUGGCUCCAAGUCUUAAUGCUGUGUUCAGAGAUAUUCCCAAUACUGGCUCUAGAAUUGCCAUUAACUGUGAUUAUCUGUAAUUUAAAAUACAGGACUUGUUUUAUGGCCCUGCUUUGAAAUGAUUAGGGCUUCAUUACAAACAUUAAUUAUAGUACUUUUCUUGCAAACUUUGCAGAGAAGACUUUUUCUUCUUAUUAUAUUGAUGAUUUAGAUUUCAUGUCCAUUUCAUGGCUGACUGCUGAGGUAUCGAUACAAUAAUACUGUCAAUGUAUGAUUUAACCCAGUAAUACUAUAUGAUUGUAUAUUACAAUUCAGAUAUUUUGUUUAUUUAAUAGUAUAACUACUGCCUUUUUGUAUGAGGAUGUAACUUUAUUUUUGAUAUUGGACUUUAACCUGUUCAUGCACAUGUUGAGGAAGAUGUGAAUCAAUUAGCAUAAUGAAAUAAGUCAUUUGAGUUGAAUGUUUUAAGCAUUUAAAAAAAAAAUACUUAAGAGUUAA